AUGAAUGGAUCAACAAACAAACACGUAAGCGACGCCAGUCUCAGGCUUGCUGGAGAAGUGAGCAUCAGCGAUGAGAUGCAGAGGAGGUUUACUGAGAAAAGGUGGGUGUGGGUGCCAGACUGCAAGGAAGGCUAUAUAAGCGGGUUUGUGGUGAAGGAAGAUGGAGAUGCUCUGGAGGUGGACUGCGGAGGUAUUGUCACAAGAUACAAGAGCUGCGAGAUAUUCAGAAUGAAUCCACCGAAAUUCGAUAUGAUCGAUGACCUUGCGGAGCUGAGCUAUCUCAACGAGCCGGGAGUUCUCCACAACCUUAGGAGAAGGUAUCAGAAUGGGCGCAUAUAUACAUACUCGGGACUGUUUCUUCUGGCAAUCAAUCCCUACAAGGACCUGAGGAUAUACGGGGAAAAGGAUGUAAGGAAGUACACCUUGAGCAAGAAGUAUGAGUUGGAGCCUCAUAUUUUUGCAGUUGCAAACGAAGCGUACAGGCUAAUGGUUUCGAACAGGGAGAACCAGUCGAUCCUGAUUACGGGUGAGUCUGGUGCAGGAAAGACCGAAAACACCAAGAGGGUGGUUGAGUUUCUUGCCACUGUUGGAGGAAGUAGAGGAGAGGAGUCAAGCAUUGAUCGCAAAAUAAUAGAUGCAAACCCCAUUCUGGAGGCGUUUGGAAAUGCACAGACUGUGAAGAAUGACAACUCCAGUAGGUUUGGGAAGUUUAUCAAGAUCAAGUUCAAUGGGGGGAACAUAUGCGGUGCGCAUAUCGAGAAGUAUCUCUUGGAGAAGUCGAGAGUAACAAAUCAGAGUAAGGAUGAAAGGAACUACCAUAUAUUCUACCAGCUUCUUGGAUGUGAUGACCCGGGUCUCAAGAAGCAGUUGCUUCUGGACGGAGAGCCCAAGGAUUACAGAUUUCUGAGAAACUCUAGGUACAAAAUUGAAGAUGUCGAUGAUGCAAAGGAGUUCAGAAGGCUUAGAGAAUCGAUGGAUGUUUUGAACAUCAGGAAGGAAGAGCAGGAAGGGUACUUUGGAAUUGUGUCUGCAAUUCUCCAUCUUGGAAACAUAGAGUUUAGGGAGAAGGAUGGGGCAGCAGAGAUAGCGAAUCUCGAUGUUGCAGAGAAGGUCUGCAAGCUUCUCAGCAUUCCUCUUACCGAGUUUAUCAAGCGGCUCAUCCACCCUAUGAUCAAAGCUGGAAAUGAGUAUGUUGCGCACAGCCGGAGCAGAGAGCAAGCCCUCAAGAUUGUCGACGGGCUUGCCAGGAUACUCUACGACAAGAUGUUUGACAACGUAAUAGACAGAAUCAACAUGUCCCUUAGCUCGCCACACAAAGGGAAUUUUAUCGGUGUUCUUGAUAUAGCAGGGUUUGAGAUCUUUGACAAGAAUUCAUUUGAGCAGUUGUGCAUAAACUAUACGAACGAGAAGCUGCAGCAAUUUUUCAACCACCACAUGUUUAUUCUCGAGCAGGAGGUAUAUCGGCAGGAAAAGAUCGAAUGGGACUUCAUUGAUUUUGGGCUUGACCUGCAGCCAACGAUUGACCUGAUAGAAAAGAGCAAUCCGAUUGGGAUUCUGAGCUAUCUAGACGAAGAGUGUGUGAUGCCUAUGGCGACAGAGAAGACGUUUCUUAGGAAGUUGAUGGGGAACAUCCGUCACGAGAAGUUUGAAGUUGACAAGAUCAGGGAUGCCUUUGUUCUGAACCACUAUGCGGGGGAUGUGGAGUAUACGGUUGAUGAUUGGCUUUCGAAGAACAAGGAUUCGCAUUCUGAGGCAUUAACGUCGCUGAUCCGGAUGUCUAACAGUGAGAUGGUAUCUAAGCUAAGCUUGGACGAGGAGAUGAUCAAGAAAGGGUUUUUCCGGACUGUUUCUCAGAAGCAUAAAGAACAGCUUGGGUCGCUGAUGUGUGAGCUACGGGGAACGAAUCCGCACUUUGUACGAUGUAUAAUUCCGAACCUUGAGAAGAGCGGAAGCCGGCUGGACAACGGGGUGGUUCUAGGGCAGCUAAAGUGUAAUGGGGUUCUUGAGGGGAUAAGGAUCAGCAGGCAAGGGUUUCCGUCUCGGAUGGGGUAUCAGGAGUUUGUGCAGAGGUACAGGAUAAUGAUGAGAGACAAGGCGGGGAGCGACGAGGCUUGGGAUGACGGAGUGUGUGUGGAGUUUUGCAAGGAGAUGAGCGAGAAGAUUCUGUCUGUGAUUGGGAUUGGGACGAAUCAGUACAGGAUGGGACGAACGAAGGUGUUUUUUAGGCAGGGGGUUCUUGCAGACAUUGAAGAUAUGCGUGACAGUAGGAUUUCCGAGGUGGUCAAGGAGAUUCAAGCACUUGUUAGAAGGAAGCUUGCAUUUAGGAAGUACAAUCUGACGCAGAGAAGGAUGGAGGGGAUUCUUGUUAUUCAGAGGAAUAGCAGGAUAUGCUGCGAGCUGCAGAGAUGGAACUGGUGGAGGCUUUACCAAAAGAUCAAGCCUCUGCUAGAUGUCAGGAAAAGAGACAAUGAGAUGAAAGAGAAGGAGGCGAUGAUACAGGAAUAUAUACGAAUGCUUGAUGCUGAGAAGGGCAGGAGAGAGGAGGCUGAGGAGAUGUUGAAAGAGGUGAAUCUGAAGAAAGAGGCGCUUGAGAAGUGUGUCAAAGAUGAAAAGCGCUUUUCGAUGGAGAAGGAUGAGCUUCUGAUGGCGUUGAGAUACAAGGCCGAUGAGAUGGGGCAGGAGCUUGAGAGGAUUCGGAAGGAGAAGGGGAGUAUCUACGAGGAGAAGAAGGUAGCGGAGGCACGUCUGAAGGAGAGUGCCUGUGUACUGGAGGAGAGGGAGUCUGAGAUUUCUAAGCUGAAGAAGGAGGUGGAGGAGCAAGGGAAUGUGAUUCUACUGCACGAGGGGGAGAUUUCAUCUCUUCGGGAAGAGAUAGUGAGCAAGUCUAGCGAGAAGGAUGCGAUGGUUGAGAGGAUGCUUAGAGAAAGGGACAGCGAGGUGAGGAUGCUGAAGGAGAAGAUUAAGGAGAAGGAUCUGGAGGCCAGGAGUGUACUUGAGAAGAUGAAAAGGAUUGAAACUGAAGACGAGGAAAGGAGAAGAGAGCUGAAGGAGAAAGAGAUGACCAUCAACGAGCUUAAGACAAGCUGUCUGAACAUGAAGAGAUGGAAGGAUGAGUGUGCGGAGCUGAGGGAGGACUACGAGACUAUGCAAAGGAAGUUAAAGGACGAGGCUGAGGAUAUGCUUCUAGAGAAUGACAGGCUCCAUGGAGAGAUCCGGAAGAUGAAGAAGGAGCAGGAGGAGCUAGAAAGCAUGCAGAAGAAGCUUCGAGAUGACCUUGAGUUUGAAAGGAAUAGAGGAAAUAAGGUUGAAAGGGCGUUCCAGGAGCUGAGGAAGGAGCAUGAGGCUGUUGAGGAGCAGCUACAAAAAGAGAAGCAGUCGAGGGACUCUACCCAGGAAUCCUUGCUGGAGAAGACCAGAAGCCUUGAGAGGAAGGUGAAAAGCCUUAGUGAGAAGCUCAAGAACGAGGAGAUUGCGAACAAGCAACUCAUGAAUGAGAAGGAUGAGAUGUACAAGGAGAUUCAUGUUUUGCAGCAAUCGAAGCUUGACGAGAUUUUUGAUAGAGAGGCGACGUUCAACAGCAUCAAGAAGAAUCUUCAGAUGGAGAUCCAGAGGCUGGAGAUGGAGAAUCAAAGGCUAGGGAUGGAGAUGAUGGAAUCGAAGUGUAUGGGGGAUGCGAGUGAGGACAGCUCUGUGAUUGAGAGGUUCUACGGGAUGGUUGAAGAGGAAAGAAAGAAGAGAAAGGAAGCUGAGCAUCUUGUAUCUGAACAGGAGAACAAGAACGUGAUACUGAGUAGUGAGGUUGAGAUGCUGAGGGAGAUGGUUGAGAUGGAGAAGAGAGGCAAGGAGGAGAUGAUGAGGGUGCAGGAGAAGGAGGCUGGGCUACGAAGAAUGAUUUCUGGGAUCCGGAAGGAGAUUGAGGAUGUUGGAAGUGAGAUGAGUAUUGCCAUUGAGGGGUUCAAUGGGCUGUACUUCAACACUCUUGAGGAAUAUAAAAGGGACCUUAGGGAAUGUAGGGAGUUGUUGGCCACCAAGGAUGAUGCCAUUGAGGAGCUGAAGGAUAAGGUUUCAAGGUUGAACUGCGAGGUUGAGGAAAGAAGGGUGGUUGAAGAUGAGAUGAAUAGGAGGAUUGAGGAGCUGAAGAGGCAGCACAGUAAUGCUCUGGAUGAACUUACAUCUUUAGGUGUGAAAUGCAGCACGCUUGAGUUGUCUGUGUCUGAGAAGGAGGAGGAGAUCAAGAGGUAUGGAGAGAAAUGCUCUGAGUAUGAUGUGAGGCUCAAGGACUUGGUGUGCAAGGUUGACGAGGAGAUUGAGGGUCUUCGUAAGUGUGAUGAGGAGAGGAGGAGAUAUGUUGAGAGGCUCGAGGAGGGGAUGAACGGAAGCCUUGCGGGCAUAAGGAAGCUUGAGGAGAGAUACAAGGCAAGGAUCGAAGAGAGUGUGCAGUAUGCUCUUGAGGGGGAGAGGAGGAAGCUCAAAGCCCUAGAAGAAUUACAUGGGCAGUUGACGAAGAAGUUUGAUGAGCUGCAAGAAGAACACCAGAAUCUCCUUGAUGAGAAGAUGAAGGACUCUCUGAGGAUUGAGCAGCUUGAUGGAGAGCUUUGUGCCCUCCGGGAGGUGGAGAUGCAUAGGCAGGAUAUGAUUUCUAUGUACGAAUCUGAGAUAUCCACCUUGAAGCGAUGCACAAAGUUCAAGGAUGAAGUUCUGGGAACGCUAAGUGGGGAAAGAAGCCCUUCUGUUGUAUAUGUUUGUGACAAGGAGAAAUACCAAGCGCUUGAACGCAAAAGAACUGCUGCAGAGAACGAGCUGGUAAGAACAAGAGAUGAGAAGCAAUCGCAGGUUCUUAUGAAUAAGAAGCUUCGGGAUGAGCUGGAGAAGCUCCGGGCAGAAGUUGAUGAAAGUAGGAGCAAGGCGCUGGAGAUGAAGAAGAAGUUAGGAUGCCAGGUAUUAGCGGUGAAUCGUCUGAGCAGAGAGCUCGAGGAGGAGAAGGAGAUGGUGAGGUUUCUUAAGAUUGUUGGUGGAGGGCGAAAGAAAAAGAUGUGA